AUGCAUCCUUAUCAAAAGUAUGUAUGUCUCCGGCUGGAGGGUGACUUCAAGGAUCCAAAUGAAAUGGAGGACUUGAUGUUUGUAUUGGUUCCUAUACCCAAAGAAGAGGAGGAGGAGGAGGAUACAGAGGAAGAGGAAGAAGAAAAGGAAGGAGAUGAAGGAGAAGAGGAGGGAGAGGAAGAAGAGGGAGAAGAGGAAGAAAAUGAAGAGGCAGAGGAAGAAGAUAAUGAGGAACAGAAUGAAAGGGAGGAAGAUGAAAUGGAAGAGUGGGAAGAAUGUGAAGAAGAGGAGGAGGAGGAAGGCACUGAGGAAGAAAGUUGUGCCUCAGGAAUAAUGACUCCUCAUAAAAGCCAGAACUCUAUCACAGCCACAUUUCAAAGAAGUUUAGAUGAAGAAAUCAACCCCAUGGAAGAAGAGGAGUGUUCAAGUAUUAUCCAGUAUUUGAAAGACACACAAUCUUGGUUGAGUAGCCAGCUAAAGGAAAAGAUGACUGAUUUGGUGUAUGCUAUGAUCUUCAAGUAUCAAGUGAAGGAACCUAUCACAAAAGUAGAAAUGUUAGAGAUUGUCAGCAAAGAUUACAAGAAACAAUUCCACAUCAUCUUUAUGGAUGCUUCUAAGUGCCUAUACAUGCUUUUUGGCAUUGAUGUAAAGGAAGACUGUGCCAUGAGAAACUCCUAUACCCUUGUCAAUUCACUGAACCUCACCUAUGAAGAAAAGCUGAGUGGAGAGAGAAGAAUGCCUAGAAAUGGCUUCCUGAUAGUUAUUCUGGGCUUGAUAUUCAUACAAGGGAACUGUGCUUCUGAAGAAAGUGUCUGGGAAUUCCUGAAUACAAUGGGAGUAUAUGAUGGGGAUGAGCACCCCAUCUAUGGAGAGCCCAGAACAUUUCUGACCAGAGAUUUGGUACAACAAAAUUAUUUGUCAUAUCAGCAAGUGCCUAACAGUUGUCCUCCAUCCUUUGAGUUCUUGUGGGGUCCAAGAGCCUAUGCUGAAACAACCAAGAUGAAAGUUCUGGAAUUUUUGGCAAGGAUAAAUGAGCGUGAACCACUUUCUUUUUUGUUUUUGUAUGAAGAGGCUUUAAGAGACGAGGAAGAGAGGGCCUGUGCCCAAAGUAUCUCUCCAAAUAGAAGUCCAGUCACAUUGAUGGCAGAGAAUGCAUUUCCAGCUUGUACCCUGAAUGACAGAUUUGUUUUCUAA